GUCCUGAACGAUGACUGACGCGGGUUUGUGCGAUAUCCCUCACAGUCGCUGUCAUUCCCGAGUGAUAAGCAGCCCGCCCGUCUAGCCCCGGCAGCAGCGCCAACUAGCAGCUCUGGAGGGAGGAAAGCUUCCGCCUGCGGACCGGACAAAAGUACCGCCUUCCCACGGGUUUCUGCCUGCGGCUCGUGACCGAGACACCUCGCCGCGUCCAGCUCGCCGCUCUCGCGGGCGGAUGGUGUGUGGCCGCCGCGGGACGCCCGCCGCGCCCGGGCCAUGAAGUAGCGGCCGCUGGCGGCGCCGCUGCCCGACCGCCGGCCCCAGCCCCGCGCAGCGCUGCCCGGUCCUCUCCCGGCGGGGCCGGAGCGGCGUGGACAUGGCUGGCCGCGCUCGCAGCCUGCUACUUCUCCUCCUGGUGUGUCAGAGCAGCUGCUUGGCUUUCAGAAGCCCACUUUCUGUCUUUAAGAGGUUUAAAGAAAGUACCAGAUCAUUUUCCAAUGACUGUCUUGGUACCACCAGACCAGUUAUUCCUAUUGAUUCAUCAGAUUUUGCAUUGGAUAUUCGCAUGCCUGGGGUUACACCUAAACAGUCUGAUACCUACUUCUGCAUGUCAGUGCGUUUGCCAGUGGAUGAGGAAGCCUUCGUGAUCGACUUCAAACCUCAUGCCAGCAUGGAUACUGUCCAUCAUAUGUUACUUUUUGGAUGUAAUAUGCCUUCCUCCACUGGAAGUUACUGGUUUUGUGACGAAGGAACCUGUACAGAUAAAGCCAAUAUUCUGUAUGCCUGGGCCAGAAAUGCUCCCCCUACCAGACUCCCCAAAGGUGUUGGAUUCAGAGUUGGAGGAGAGACUGGAAGUAAAUACUUUGUACUACAGGUACACUAUGGGGAUAUUAGUGCUUUUAGAGAUAAUCACAAAGACUGUUCUGGUGUGUCCUUACACCUCACACGUCUACCACAGCCUUUAAUUGCUGGCAUGUACCUUAUGAUGUCUGUCGACACUGUUAUACCAGCAGGAGAGAAAGUGGUGAAUUCUGACAUUUCAUGCCAUUAUAAAAAUUAUCCAAUGCAUGUCUUUGCCUAUAGAGUCCACACUCACCAUUUAGGUAAAGUAGUAAGUGGAUACAGAGUAAGAAAUGGACAGUGGACACUGAUCGGACGACAGAGCCCCCAGCUGCCACAGGCUUUCUACCCUGUGGAACAACCAGUAGAUGUUAGUUUUGGUGACCUGCUGGCUGCAAGAUGUGUAUUCACUGGUGAGGGAAGGACAGAAGCCACACGCAUUGGUGGCACAUCCAGUGAUGAAAUGUGCAACUUAUACAUUAUGUAUUACAUGGAAGCCAAACAUGCAGUUUCUUUCAUGACCUGUACACAGAAUGUAGCUCCAGAUAUGUUCAGAACCAUACCACCAGAGGCCAAUAUUCCAAUUCCUGUGAAGUCUGAUAUGGUUAUGAUGCAUGGACAUCACAAAGAAACAGAGUACAAAGAUAAGAUUCCUCUACUACAGCAGCCAAAGCGGGAAGAAGAAGAAGUGUUAGACCAGGGUGAUUUCUAUUCACUACUUUCCAAGCUGCUAGGAGAAAGGGAAGAUGUUGUUCAUGUGCACAAAUAUAAUCCUACAGAAAAGGCAGAAUCAGAGUCAGACCUGGUAGCUGAGAUUGCAAACGUAGUCCAGAAAAAGGAUCUUGGUCGGUCUGACGCCAAAGAGGGUGCAGAACAUGAGGAGAGGGGCAAUGGUAUUCUUGUCAGAGACAGAAUUCACAAAUUCCACAGACUAGAAUCUACUCUGAGGCCAGCAGAGAGCAGAGUUUUCUCAUUACAGCAGCCCCCACCUGGUGAAGGCGUCUGGGAACCAGAACCAGAACACACAGGAGAGUUCCAUGUAGAAGAGGCACUGGAUUGGCCUGGAGUGUACUUGUUACCAGGCCAGGUUUCCGGGGUGGCUCUGGACCUUAAAAAUAACCUGGUGAUUUUCCACAGAGGUGACCACGUCUGGGAUGGAAACUCUUUUGACAGCAAGUUUGUUUACCAACAAAGAGGGCUUGGACCAAUUGAAGAAGACACUAUCCUUGUCAUAGAUCCAAAUACUGCUGCAGUAAUCCAGUCCAGUGGGAAAAAUCUGUUUUACUUGCCACAUGGUUUGAGUGUAGAUAAAGAUGGAAAUUAUUGGGUCACAGAUGUGGCUCUCCAUCAGGUGUUCAAACUGGAUCCAAACAGUAAAGAAGGCCCUGCGUUGACCCUGGGAAGAAGCAUGCAACCAGGCAGUGACCAGAAUCACUUCUGUCAACCCACUGAUGUGGCUGUGGAUCCAAGCUCUGGAGCCAUCUUUGUGUCAGAUGGCUACUGCAACAGUCGGAUUGUACAGUUUUCACCACAUGGAAAGUUCAUCACACAGUGGGGAGAAGAGUCUUCAGGGAGCAAUCCUAAACCAGGCCAGUUCAGUGUUCCUCACAGCUUGGCCCUCGUGCCUCAUUUGGGCCAAUUAUGUGUGGCAGACAGGGAAAACGGUCGCAUCCAGUGUUUUAAAACUGACACCAAAGAAUUUGUGAGAGAGAUUAAGCAUUCAUCAUUUGGAAGAAAUGUAUUUGCAAUUUCAUACAUACCAGGCUUGCUCUUUGCGGUGAAUGGGAAGCCUUACUUUGGGGACCAAGAACCUGUACAAGGAUUUGUGAUGAACUUUUCCAAUGGGGAGAUUAUAGACAUCUUCAAGCCAGUGCGCAAGCACUUUGACAUGCCUCAUGAUAUUGUCGCAUCUGAAGAUGGGACUGUAUACAUCGGAGAUGCUCACACCAACACCGUGUGGAAGUUCACCAUGACUGAAAAAAUGGAACAUCGAUCAGUUAAAAAGGCUGGCAUUGAGGUCCAGGAAAUCAAAGGUUGGUCAAAUUUUUCUUAUAACUUAAAAUCUAUGUUCGCAAGCCGCAAGGGCUACAGUCGGAAGGGGUUUGACCGCCUUAGCACGGAGGGGAGCGACCACGAGAAAGAUGAGGAUGAUGGAAGUGAAUCGGAAGAGGAAUAUUCAGCACCUCUGCCUGCACCUGCACCCUCCUCCUCCUGAAAACCAGGCUUUGGUUUAGAUUGAGUGAGAUUUACCAAGAAUGCCAGAUUCCUUUCCCUUUAGCACGUUUAAAGUUCUGAGUAUUUAAUUGUAAACUUUACUGGUCUGUGUGGGACUGUACACAUUUUAUUUACCUUGUUUGGAUUAAGUUGGCUUCUGUUUGUAGUUGAGGAGUUUCCUAAAAGUUCAUAAGAGUGCCAUUGUCUUUAUAUGAACAUAGAAUAGAGAAACAGUCCUCUUCUUCCAUCCUAGUACUAAUCUAACUAUGGAAGGUUUGCUCAUUUACACUUUUGAGACUUUUCGGUGGAUGUAAAUAACCCCAUUCUCUGCUUGAACACAGUAUUUUCCCAAUAGCACUUUCAUUGCCAGUGUCUUUCUUUGGUGCCUUUCCUGUUCAGCAUUCUCAGCCUGUGGCAGUAAAGAGAAACUUUGUGCUACGUGACAACAAAGCUGCUAAAUCUCCUUCUAUUUUUUUAAAAUCACUAACAUUAUAUUGCAAUGAGGGAAAGAAAAAAGUCUCUAUUUAAAUUCUUUUUUAAAUUUUCUUCUUCAGUUGGUAUGUUUCUGGGAUGUCUUAUUUUUAGAUGGUUACACUGUUAGAACACUAUUUUCAGAAUCUGAAUGUAAUUUGUGUAAUAAAGUGUUUUCAGAGCAUUA